UACACAUUUUAUUGAGUAGCUUGUUUAUUUUUGCAUGUGCGCCCGACGGCUUGGAGACCCCAAGAGAGCUGAAGAUAACAUACACGCCAUUCCCUUUUGGGAGGGCAAAAGGAUUUGGUUAUGAGUCACUUCGGAGUUGAAAUCCUGCGACACUCGGAUAUAAAAGAUCAUAAAUUAUCUCAUGUAGGCUGUAGAUAAUGCUGAAUCUUUAUUUAAACCGUAAAAAGAUCCGGUGUGGCGUUGACAAACAAUAAGAAUCGGGAUCAAAUCAAACUCGGCGCUGGAUUGGCUUGCUCACAAUGGCGGAACUUCCGAAGAUCAAAGUAAAGACGUAUUUGCCCACCCAGCCGUUCCCACCGAAUGUGGAGAGGAAACCUAUCCGCACGGAGCGCCUAGUUAUCCGUCCGUUUACCGAGGAAGACCUUGACGGGAUCCAUGUUCUACGUACUCAACCGGAGGUUAUGCACUUCUCGGCGGUUGGUCGGAUUGAUGCUAGCAAGAAUGAGACACGGACAUCGUAUUUGGCCCGCUACCUACCGCCUAACGAUAUCCGGAACUAUCACAACGUGCUUUGUCUCGCCUCGACCGGAGAAUUAAUCGGGGCGGGUGGGAUGCCGAAAGUCGAUCUAGUCUUUGGAUGGCCCGAAGUUGGUUACAUGCUCAAGAAGGAGUAUUGGGGGCAGGGCUACGCCACGGAAUUUCUAAGGGCAUUUGUAGACCAUUGGUGGACUUUACCACGGUCUGAGGUUGAGAUUGAGGUGGUUGCGGAAUCGGUGAAUGGAUCUGGAGAGGUGCCGGAAAUGCUGUCAGCAAUGGCCGAUGAUGAAAACUCAGCUAGUAAGCAUGUCCUCGAGAAGGCUGGAUUCCGAAAAUUUACACGGUGGACUGAGCCUGAUUCACGGGAGGGUGUUAUAGGCGAUGUUACUCUUGUUGGUUUCGUACUCGAGUCACCUGGCCAAAAAGCCAAAGUUUCAUCUUGAUGGCAUAUUUAAUGGCUACCUAGGUAGGUAGGUAGUUAGACUGUUGGAGGGUUUGAACAAUGUCUGAAGAAAGUGCCUUGCCAAUGAA